AUGUAUCAACACCUUCAAUUGGCUCAAAGCGAAAUAGGAAAUACACGACAGCAAAUCUUAGCGAUAGAGAAAGAAUUGCAACAGGAACGGAAGGCAAGCGAACUCUUUAACCAGCAAUUCAUUAAGCUACAAGAAUGCCACGACAAGCUGUUAAAGGAGUACAAGAGCUGCGCGAGGGUCCAAGAAGAUCUCAACAAAUCUACAACAGAAUCUCAGAUGUUCGCCGAUAAGGUGGCUAGGCGAGCCGAAAGCCUGUUGAACAACUCUCAAGCCAAUCUAGUUAGAGGCGAUAUAGAGAGCUCACAGAAUAGCCAAAGUAUCAGUAAGAUAAUUUUAGAGUCAGCUAAGAACGCUCUGCUUAUGCAGGAAAUUUCUAGUCAGCAUUCAGAGAAUAACGAUUUCGCCAAGUUAAGAUACGUUAUGGAUCAAAAUGUGGAUUUCCAGUACCAUAACAUAGAGCUUAGCGAGAAAAUUAAAACUCUAUCCCAACAAGUCAAAGAUAGAAAGAAUAAGGUCGCAAGCCUAAACAAGGCUCUCGAAAUUGCUACCGAAGAUGAACAACAAAAGAAAUCUCGACGAGAAAAAUCAUUAGCUAGGAAGAACCAGUAA